AUGAGGAUUGAAGAAGAGUUGGGUGAAGCAAGAGUGGCUAUUAGAAGAGCCAUAAAAAGAAGAAACUUCACAAUCAACCCAUCAGAGAAAGAAGAUUUCAUUCCAAGAGGAUGCGUUUACAGAAACGCUUAUGCAUUUCAUCAAAGUCACAUGGAAAUGUUGAAGAGAUUCAAAGUAUGGACUUACAAAGAAGGUGAACCGCCAUUAUUCCAUAGCGGUCCCAUGGUUUCGAUUUACAGCAUCGAAGGACACUUCAUGGUCGAGAUCGAUAACAGUUCGAGCCCAUUCUCCGCGCGCAAUCCAGACGAAGCUCAUGCAUUCAUGCUCCCCUUAAGCGUCGCAAACAUGGUUGAAUAUCUAUAUAAUCCUCUAACCACAUAUUCUAGAGAUCAAAUCAUGCGUGUCACCAUUGAUUACACCAACAUCAUAGCGCAAAGGUAUCCAUACUGGAAUAGAAGCAACGGUGCAGAUCAUUUACUAGUCUCGUGUCACGAUUGGGCGCCAGAAAUCUCGAAAGAAGAUUCGGGCAGAGAGAUUUACAAGAACUUAAUAAGAGUAUUAUGCAAUGCCAAUACUUCGGAAGAGUUUCAUCCUGUAAAGGACGUUUCAAUGCCGGAAAUGAAUUUACAAAGUUUCAAGCUAAGCGCGCCGAGUCCUUCCCGAAACCCUAAUAAUCGAUCGAUACUCGCUUUCUUUGCCGGAGGGACACAUGGUAUGAUUAGAGAGAUGUUACAGGAUCAAUGGAAGGGAAAAGAUGAAGAGGUUCUAGUUUAUGAGUAUCUUCCAAAAAACCUUAACUAUAACAACCUCAUGGGGAAGAGUAAGUUUUGUUUGUGUCCAAGUGGAUAUGAAGUGGCAAGUCCAAGAAUUGUGGAAGCCAUUAAUGCUGGUUGUGUGCCUGUGAUUAUUUCGGAUAGUUAUCAGUUACCGUUUAGUGAUGUUCUUGAUUGGAGCAAAUUUUCAUUGCAGAUUGCACCAAAGAGGAUAGGUGAAAUCAAGAGAAUAUUGAAAAGUGUUUCACAAGAAAAGUACUUGAAGUUGCAAAGGAGAGUGUUGAAAGUUCAAAGACAUUUUGUGUUGAAUCAUCCGGCUAAACCGUUUGAUGUGUUUCAUAUGAUUCUUCAUUCAAUAUGGCUUAGAAGACUCAAUAUUAGGUUACCUCUUUGA